CGCCUGGCGGCGUCUGCGGGACAAAGGCGGCGUGUGCGGAGCCCGGAUCGCGGGCGGGACCCAGCGGCCCGGGGGGUCCGUGCGCCCCAGGACGGACCGUGCGCCCCGGAUCGGGCCCCCGGGGUCCCGGCGCCCCCUGAAGGCGGCCGCAGAGCUGGGGAGAGAACCCAGGAGUCCGGUCUCCAGCCCCCGCCCCCCACGUGAGGGACAGGGGCAGGAAAUGGGGGCGGAGGAAGCAGAGUAGGGGGGGCCGGCAGAGCCAGAGCUGCAGCAUCAGUCAGGUGACCAUGUCGUCGAUGGACCCCCUGCCCCCCGCCCUGCCCCCCGCCCAGAAGCCCACCCGCAUCAUGAAGCCACGUCCCCCCUCGUGGUCGCGGCCCUGCUCGUCCCCCCAGCAGGAUGUGGCCCCCCGCCUGGAUCCAUCCCCCGGUGGGGAGCAGGGCCCGGGCAACGUCCGCAAGAUGGUGGGGCGCUUUGAGCACCGGGCGGGCGGGGGCCCGGCGCCCAGCCCCCCCACAGAGAAUGGGGCCCAGCGCCCCCCGCAGACGCCUCUGGGGAUGGAGCUCGGUCUGGGGCAGGACGCUGGGGGGCAGCCCCCCAGCCCGGAGCCCCUGGGCGCCUGCCCCCCACGCUGCCCCUGCGGCUGCCAUCGGCGCCGGCCUGGCAUGGUGCUAGUGUGGGUGCUGGCGCCCGAGGGGGAGGAGCCAGGCUCGGACGGCUCCGCCUCCACCGAUGAGGAGGGCCCCCUCUUCCGGCGCCUGCUGGAGGUCACCACCCCUGCCCCCCAGUCCCGCUGGUCCCCCCUCCAGCCUCCCGCCCCGCCCCCCGAGGACGGCAGCGUGGUCCUGACCAGUUACCGCUCCACCGCCCAGCUCAACGGGGUCCCGGCGCGGGCCAAGCCCCCACGCCGGGCCAAGGGGGGGGUGCCCCAGGCGGACAGGCCCCCCCCGGCCGUGCCCCCCAAGACCCCAGGGAAGCCCCUGCGCAGGGCCCUGGACCCCCAGCCUCCUGCCCAGCCCCCCCAAGCCCCUCCAAUCCCUGCCAAACCGUGCCCCCCACUCCCACCUGUCCAGGCCUCCCAUGACCCCCCAAUUGCUGCCAAACUGUGCCCCACGGCCCCGCCUGCCCUGCCCCCCCAUGACCCCCCAAUCGCUGCCAAACCGUGCCCCACGGCCCCGCCUGCCCUGCCCCCCCAUGACCCCCCAAUCGCUGCCAAACCGUGCCCCCCACUCCCACCUGUCCAGGCCCCCCAUGACCCCCCAAUUGCUGCCAAACCAUGCCCCACGGCCCCGCCUGCCCUGCCCCCCCAUGACCCCCCAAUCGCUGCCAAACCGUGCCCCACGGCCCCGCCUGCCCUGCCCCCCCACGACGCCCCAGUCCCUGCCAAGACAUGUUCUCUACCGCCGCCCCCUACCCACCCGCCCCCCUCUUCCCAGCCUCCGCCUCCCCCUCAGAAGGAGGGCGCCCCAGCGCGGGGGAAUGGACCCUGCCAAGGAGACUCCGAUGGACACAGUCUGGAGCCAGAGCUGCCGAGGGACAGGUGCUGCCCGUCCCCGAAGGGCCCCGGCUGGGGGCUGCCCCUGCAGGACGAGCCCCUGUACCAAACGUACCGCCAGGCCGUCAUCCGCAAGGAGCUGCACCGCCAGACCCUGCCCCGCAGCGCCAGCCUGACCAGCUGGGACGGGGACCCGGCCCCCCCGGCCCCCCCCAGCGCCCCGGCCCCCCAAAGCACCCUCUGGCAGGACCUGCCGGCCGUGCGGGAGAGCGGCCUGCUCCGGCGCCUCAGCCCCCAGGAGUGCAAGAUGCAGGAGAGCCUGUUCGAGGUGCUGACGUCGGAGGCCUCAUACCAGCGCUCACUGCGCCUGCUGGCCGAGCACUUUGUGGGGUCGCGGGCGCUGGGCGAGACGCUGGUGCCCCGCGAGCGCCAGGCCCUGUUCUCCAGCAUCCUGCGGAUCCAGGAGAUCAGCGCCAGGUUCCUGGCGGCGCUCGAGCGGCGCGUGGCCGAGAACCUGCAGAUCCAGGACGUGAGCGACGUGGUGGCCGCCCACGCCCGGCGCGACUUCUCCGCCUACAUCGACUACGUCCGCAACCAGCCCUACCAGGAGAAGGAGUACAGCGCCCUCAUGGAGCGAAACGGGCCCUUUGCGGCGGUGCUGGGCCGGCUGCAGGCGCAUCCCGUGUGCCAGCGUCUGCCCCUGCUCUCCUUCCUCCUGCUGCCCUUCCAGCGCAUCACCCGUCUCAAGAUGCUCCUCGAGAACAUCCUGCGCCGGGCGGAGGAGGGCUCGGAGCGGGAGAGAAAUGCGUUGGAUGCCCUGGCCUGCAUCUCCCAGAUCAUUGAGGAGUGCAACUCGGAGGUGGGGCGCAUGCGGCAGACGGAGGAGCUCAUUGAGAUUGCUGGGCGCAUCGACUUCGACCGGCUCAAGGCGGUGCCCAUCAUCUCGCAGAGCCGGCGGCUGGAGAAGCAGGGGGCGCUGGCCGAGGUGCUGCCCCGGGGGUCCCUGUUCGGCACCAGGCCCCGGACGGUUCCCAUCCACCUCUUCCUCUUCAGCGACCUGCUGCUCGUCACCCAGCGCAAGAGCGCGGGGCGCUUCGUGGUGCUGGACUACGGGCACCGGUCGCUGGUGUCGGUGCAGGGGGUGGGGCAGCCCCCCCCGGCGCCUGGCCUGGCCCAGGCCUUUUACCUCACGCUACUGGAGAACCACUGCGGCCAGGCCUGCGAGCGCCUCUGCCGGGCCCCCAGCCAGUCGGACAUGCACCGAUGGAUGGAGGCCUUUCCCCAGCACGGCGCCCCCCCCAGCCAGCCCCAGGAGACCAUCUACGAGGACUGGGACUGCCCCCAGGUGCAGUGCGUGGAGCCCUACCUGGCCAGGCAGGCCGAUGAGCUGAGCCUGGAGCCGGCCGACGUUGUCAACGUGCUGCGCAAAACGAGCGAGGGCUGGUGCCAGGGCCUGCGACUGGGCGACGGUCACAAGGGCUGGUUCCCGGCCAGCCACGUGCAGGAGAUCACCAGUGAGCACGUCCGCCGGCGCAACCUGCGUGAGAGACACCGGCUCCUCCAGGCCGCCCGGCAGCUGCAGCUCAGCCGCCUCACCACCGGCAAGGCAGACUCUGCCUGAGCCGGGCACGGGA